AUGAAGAAGCUCUACCAUAAAGCGACGGUUCAUCCAACCCCACCGGUUAUCACCGACCAACUUUCCUUCCUUCCGGCAACCAUCCUCACCCUAGCUGCCGCUCUCUCAACCGAAGACAGGGAAGUCUUGGCUUACCUCAUCUACUGUUCUUCCGCUGUAACCCCUACCGGUAACCCGAAACGGAGCACCGUCAGAAACACCGAUCAUGCUACUCUCUUCAACUGUAGCUGUUUCCGAUGCUACACGAGUUACUGGGUCAGAUGGGACGAGUCGCCGAAUCGUGAACUCAUACAUGAAAUCAUCGAUGCUUUUGAGGAGUGGUUGGCUCAGAGUAAUAAAGGUGGGAAGAAAGGGAAAGGAAAGAAAGAGAAGAGAAACAAGAAAGGGUUUGGGAAUAAGCGGUCGGGUCAUACUCAUUCCGGUGAGUUGAAUCGGUCUGUGGUGAACGAGUCGGCUGAGAUGGAAUCGGUGGGGGAAAGUAGUAAUAGUGUUAUUAGUAGCGGUGGUGGUGGUGGUAGUGAAAGUGGUGAAAGGGUGGUUGUUGGUGGUGGUGGUGGUGGUGAUGAUGAAGAUGAAGAGAAAGGGUCAGUGAGAAAAUUUGUGAGUUUCAUUGGAGAAAGGAUUUGGGGUGUUUGGGGAUAG